AUGCAGGCUGUGCUACUCGCCGCGCUCAGCCUGCCUUGUAUGGCAGCGGCUGCCGAGGACCACAGGUCACUUGUCAAAGAUGUUGUAAUUGUCGGCGGAGGUUCGUCGGGCUCGUACGCCGCAGUGCGCCUUCGUGAAGACUACGGAAAGUCCAUUGCGCUCAUUGAGAGGGAAUCAAUCCUCGGCGGCCAUGUCGACUCCUUCACCGAUCCGGAGACGGGUAUGUCGUAUGACUAUGGCGUCAAACUGUUCCUCGACGCAGGUAACGCAACCGGGUUCUUCGACCGUUUGGGCGUGAAGCGAGGAAGCGGGACCAAUCCAUUUGUCAACACCACCUACCUCGACUUCAAGACAGGCAACUUUCUCGGCUUUGCACCUCCGCCGUUCCCUGCACAGUUUGAUGCGCUGGCCAAGUUCCUCGAGGUGGUUGAGCCGUGGGAGCACCUCUUGCAGCCCGGGUACUUUGAGUUUCCCCUCCCGCAGGACAUCCCGGGCGAUCUCUUGAUCCCGUUUGGUGACUUUGUCACCAAGCACGGCCUUGAAGACGCUGUUCCGCUCAUGUAUCAGACGACCGGGCUUGGGGUCGGCAACAUGACCAGCGAGCUCACCCUCUUCGCCCUGCAAGCGUUCGGCGCAUCCAUGGCUCGCUCGAUUCUCGGCCUCCAGGGCUCGUUUGUGCCGGCAUCUGGGCGAAACCAGGACUUGUACGACGCCGUUGGUCGGCUGCUCGGCAAGGACGUCUUCUAUUCCAGCACCGUGGUCGACACCUCACGGACCAGUUCCGGAGUCCGGGUGACCAUUCGCAGCUCCCACACGGGCAAGCUCACCACCAUCUUGGCCAAGCGCCUUCUCAUCGCAAUCGAGCCAACGACCGAGAAUAUAGCGCCCUUUGGCAUCGACAGGGAUGAGCGGCGCACUCUGGACAAGUUCGUCUACACGCGUGAAUACACUGGUAUCAUAGACAACGCCGCGCUUGCCCUCAACGCUUCCUACUUUAACCUACCUCCAAACGCCGCACCGAACAACUACCUCUCCUAUCCAGAGCCGCCCUUCACCGCGCGCAUCGACUAUCUCGGGUCGGGACGCUUCUUCCGCGUCACGGUCGUGGGCGACGAGACCCUACGCGACGCCCGCGCCGCCAAGGAGCUUGUGCAGCGUGACUUUGAGACGCUCCUCGACGCAGGCGUUCUCACCGGUGGCGGCAGCACGCCAGGAACUGCUCCCUCGCGUCGCGUGCAUUGGGCCGACUUCUCCACACACGGCCCCAUGCACGCGCGCGUCUCCGUGGAGCAUCUCCGAGGAGGCUUCUUCCAGGAGCUGUAUCAGCUGCAGGGGCGCAGAUCGACGUGGUGGACCGGCGGCGCGUGGAGCGUCAACUUCCAGACGACGUUGUGGCAGUACGACGACAUCAUCCUGCCAAAGCUGCUCGAGGGUGUGGAUUAG